AAAGUAUGGAUCGCCGUGAGAAGGAAUAUGGCGUUUUAUAUUGGUUUUGUUUGUGUUUCUGCAAAUAGACGGUUGCAGGUGGACUGGUGUUUACAUGGUCCGUGGGAGCUGGAAGUCUGCAGAUAUGCAGCCUCAGUGGAUGCCAUCUGGGAAGAAGAAGAGGAACCUUCUCCAGACCAGCUGAAGGGACAUCUUCUCUGUGCUGAAGUUCUGAGAGGCAGAAAUGAGCCUCUCCUACCGCUGAGCUCAAGAUGAGAGUGUUGGGUUUGAUCUGCAUCCCGCUGGUGGCCAUCUACAUGCACCCCCCUCCUUAGCUGUCACCUGCCCUGCAAAAGUGGCAUAGUGCCGGGGAGGUGUUCCAUUUCAGAGGCAGGGAGAUCUUCUACAGAGAUUCCUAUGGGGCUUUGGGAAGCUCCGAUGUCAUCAUUUUGCUCCAUGGCUUCCCCACCUCCAGCUUCGACUGGAACAAGAUCUGGGAGCCACUCACUCAGCGCUUCCAUCGAGUCGUUGCACUGGACUUCCUGGGCUUUGGCUUCAGCGACAAGCUGCGACCCCACAGGUACUCCAUCUUCGAGCAGGCCAGUGUGGUGGAGGCCCUGGUGGCUCACUUGGGUCUGAGCAACCAGCGAGUGACUCUGGUGUCCCAUGACUAUGGAGACACUGUGGCCCCUGUGGAGCCGCUCUUCAGGUCAUUUUGGAUCUCCCAGUGUCAUGGUGCAGCCCACAUCAGCAGCCAAACCCUGCACAGAACUGAGGACACCCCCAGGAUUUCAAACACACUCAGUCAUUCAUGCUCUAAGAAGCUGGCCUUCCUUUGAGAACACAUCACCCUUGCGAUAAGGUGCCAAACACUGGAUUAUCUGAUUAACUUUCUCUCUGGACUCUGAAUGAGCUCUCCAUCGUCCAAUUCAUGCUAAUUUCAAUCUUCUCCCUGUACCGCUCCUUUUGGAUGGCAAGGCUUCUUACUCUCUUGCUUUGCACUAUGUGGGUUGUGUAAUGUUCUACCCCCCCUGGUGGUCAGAUGUUGAAAUUCCAGUUGAUCCUUUCUGAAUGAUCCAGGGAUAACUUGAGCUUUCUACGUACACACUUUGUUUCUUCCCUCAGCAAAUGGCCAAUGUUUUCAACUACUUUUUUUUUUUUUUAUACCAAAGGCUGACAGUAUAAUUAAAUUUUCUUUAAAAGAGGGGAAUUCUUCUUAAAGCCAUAGAUAAAGCAUUGCUUUCAAUCUACUCAAACAUAAAUGUGGUUUACUUCAGCAUCUGCCAAUGUUUUGUCUUCUGUAACACUGGGGUUCCUGGGGGCCAGAGUGCCACACAAGACCCUCAUGAUGUUAGUAACCGACAAAGCCAGUCCAGGAGAACAGGAAGCCACUCCAGCCAAUUAUAUUGAGACCAACCCCAUUCCAUCCUGAUGUGCCUGCAUGGUCUUUAUAUAUUUAUAUAUAUAUAUUCAUGCACACACACUCUUUCUCUCUCUCUCUCUCUCUCUCACACUCACACACACAUAUAUAUAUAUAUACCUUGUGCCUUUUUAAUUUAUCUGUCAUAUUUAUCUAUGGAUCACACUUUUUUUGUAAAGAACUUGCCUUACUUUUUCUGUCUUUAUAUUUUGUGCCACUGUUUAUCAAUGUUUUAUCAAAAAUGGAGUGUCUGAUUUUAGACAGUGUGUGUAUGGAUUGUUCAGAGUUUUAUUUGAAUGGUGUAUCUGUAAUAAAAGGGUUUUCUAUUCAAAACCA